UAAAAACUCCUCCGCCUCUCAUUUGCAGUAUUUUCACUUUUUAACCUUCUUGUCUUCGUGUCUGUCCUCAAGUUAGCAAUAUGAAAUUGUGCUUAAUUUUUAUCUCAUAUCUGAUUUAUGUGGUUGUGAAUGGUGUGUUUAGUGUUGAUGCAGUUGAAGUGAAGUCAGUGUCAGUGAAGAGUGGAGAUUCUGUUACUCUAGACACUGAUACGGUUAGAGAGAAAUAUGAUCUGAUCGUGUGGAGUUAUGGACCUGAAAACACACUUGUUGCAAGAAUAAACGGGGAAGCCAAUAGGAUCAUGUUAUCUCAGGAUGAGAGAUUCAGAGACAGAGUGAUGAUGAACGAUCAGACUGGAGAUCUCACCAUCACACACAUCACAUCUCAACACUCUGGACUUUAUACACUGAAGAUCAGAAGCAACAUUAAAUUCUCAGACAGUAUCUUUAAUCUUAUUGUCAGUGAUCAUCAGACUUUUCUUGCCAAGAAUCCCAUAAUAAAACACAGUCAAGAUUCAGAGUUUCCUGUCCGGCGGGUCAGUGAAAUUGGAGGUGUCAUUACGUACUGUGUGAUCUGCAUCAUCCUCUUCAUCAUCGUGUGCAGAAGAGCUAAAGGCAGGUUUGGAAUUCAGUGGGGACUAUGCUUGUCCCGGAUCACUCAUAGGCCUCAAGGGACCCCUCAUAUGGUCUAAUAUAUCUCAUGGUAUCACAUUGCAAUAAUACCAUUAUUAUAGAGCUGUACUCAGUAAUCACUGUAAAGUUAAUUUAUAAAUCCUAUAUAUAUGUGUACAUAGUAUGUAGAUAUGUAUAUGUGUCUGCAUUUGAUUUCUUUGUUUUUUCCUCUUUUUGUGUUGCA